CUGUACAUUCAUAUCAUUUUUCUUCUCCGGCCCCAUGGAGGAAGUGAGAAAGUUGGCACGGUCACCCAGGGCUUCGCAGGAUCCGGUCACUCAGUGACAGAUGGACAAUGCAAGAAUGAGCUCCUUCCUGGAAUAUCCCAUCCUCAGCGGUGGCGACUCGGGUACCUGCUCAGCGCGAGCCUACCCCUCCGAGCAUGGAAUUACAACUUUCCAGUCGUGCGCGGUCAGUGCCAACAGCUGUGGCGGCGACGACCGCUUCCUAGUGGGCAGGGGGGUGCAGAUCAGCCCGCCCCACCACCACCACCACCACCAUCAUCACCACCCCCAGCCAGCCACCUACCAGACUCCCGGGAACCUGGGAGUGUCGUACUCGCACUCGAGUUGUGGUCCAAGCUACGGCGGCGCGCAGAACUUCAGCGCACCUUACAGCCCCUACGCGUUAAAUCAGGAAGCAGAAGUAAGUGGUGGGUACCCCUCGUGCGCUCCCGCUGUUUACUCUGGAAAUCUCUCAUCUCCCAUGGUCCAGCAUCACCACCACCACCAGGGUUAUGCCGGGGGAGCGGUGGGCUCGCCUCAGUACAUUCACCACUCAUAUGGACAAGAGCAUCAGAGCCUGGCCCUGGCCACGUAUAAUAACUCCUUGUCCCCUCUCCACGCCAGCCACCAAGAAGCCUGUCGCUCUCCUACAUCAGAGACGUCUUCUCCAGCGCAGACCUUUGACUGGAUGAAAGUCAAAAGAAACCCUCCCAAAACAGGGAAAGUUGGAGAGUACGGCUACGUGGGUCAGCCCAAUGCGGUGCGCACCAACUUCACCACGAAGCAGCUCACGGAGCUGGAGAAGGAGUUCCACUUCAACAAGUACCUGACGCGCGCCCGCAGGGUGGAGAUUGCGGCGUCCCUACAGCUUAAUGAAACCCAAGUGAAGAUCUGGUUCCAGAACCGCCGAAUGAAGCAAAAGAAACGAGAGAAGGAGGGCCUCUUGCCCAUCUCUCCGGCCACCCCACCGGGAAGCGAGGAGAAGGCCGAGGAAUCCUCAGAGAAGUCCAGCUCCUCGCCCUGCGUUCCUUCCCCGGGGUCUUCUACCUCAGACACUCUGACUACCUCCCACUGAGGCUGCCCCCAGCCCAGACUCCGCAGCCUAGACUCCUCCUCGGGCUGAGACUUGUUACUCAAAGCACAUUCUUAGCUUAUCUUCCUUUCCAUUUACAGUCUCUCUUCCUUUCUGAUCCUAUCUGGGGAGCUCCUGGCUAGAAUAAUGUGUUUCCAGAGAAUUCUGGACUAAAGGUUUGAUUGGUGGUCGUGGUGGUGGUGAUGGUGGGGUGUUAACUCUUUAAUGCGGAUUGAGUGCCAGCAUCAAUUUUCUCAUGGUCCCUAAUACCCCUCUACUUUUAGGAGAUUUCCACAGGAAAAUAGUCUUCCUUGCCAGCAGAAACAUGUCAGAGGAAGGCCUCUCAUCUUUUAUCUAUCUGCAUAUUUACAAUUCUCCCCUACUUUGCCCUUAAAGUAGGAUGGAGAGAGAGUCCAGGAGCUCAUGAAGAAGAGAUGCACUAUGAUCGUGUUUACACAAUUAAUUCAGCUCUUAAUUUAAGUCAGUUUCAUGUGUGUGAGUUUGCUGGUUGUAAAUACUUUGUCCUGAGAGAUUUAUCUUUAUACAGAUUUUCUAGAAAUGUUUAGAUUAAGUGACUAAAACAGGGUGGGAAAACUCUUAAAGCUGGUACAAUUUUAUAUGUGAUUAUAAGUUAAAGAAUUAAAACCCUCAUUUAAACUCAA